ACGAAUGAGUCAUUUCACAGAAAAUAGAACAGAGAGACUGUCGGGGUUGUUUCUUAUUUAUAUUCAUUUUAGAAUUACAAUUAUUCAAAUAACUGCCGCUCCGAGAUUAAAACAUGUUACAAUUUAGGUCUUCGGCUGUGUUAAAGGAGUUGUUUCAGUUCAGCCUAAAGCGUCCUUUGCCGGUUAUUGGUAAAAAUAAAACGCUAGCGGUCUGCUACUGCUUUAGUACUGCCUGCCCUGAUGUCAAAGUGCUGUCUAAAUUCAUGUACCACCACGCCGGGCGAUACCGAUCCUUGCUUCAGCCGUCAGCCUGGAGUAGAUCCUUGGGAAACGGUUAUGUGGGUUUCUGUACCAAAUCGGAAGGUGUGAUAUCUGCUAAUCAACAGCAAAAGCUUGAUAAUAUUAGCAGCAAAGAGGCCGCUUCAGAAAAGAGAAGAAAAGCAGGUAUUUUGCCCAGCCUAGAGGAUCUCCUGUUCUAUACAAUUGCAGAAGGACAAGAAAGGAUCCCUGUUCAUAAGUUUAUCACUGCAUUAAAAGCUACAGGAUUGAGAACUGGAGACCCAAGGCUGAAGGAAUGCAUGGAUGUGCUGAGACUGACCCUUCAGAACACUUCUGAUGGAGUGAUGCUUGACAAAGAGCUCUUUAAAAAGUGUGUACAGAGCAACAUUGUGCUUCUGACUCAGGCUUUCAGGAAGAAGUUUGUCAUUCCAGAUUUCAUGUCUUUUACUUCACACAUUGAUGAACUCUAUGAGAGUGCCAAAAAACUGUCUGGAGGGCAGGUUGCUGAUUAUAUUCCCCAGCUUGCCAAGUUCAGUCCAGAUUUGUGGGCAGUUUCUCUUUGCACAGUGGAUGGACAAAGGCAUUCAGUUGGAGAUACGAAGGUCCCAUUUUGCCUGCAGUCCUGUGUGAAGCCUCUAAAGUAUGCCAUUGCUGUGAAUGACCUUGGCACGGAGUAUGUACACAGAUAUGUUGGUAAAGAGCCCAGCGGAUUACGAUUCAACAAACUGUUCCUGAAUGAAGAUGACAAGCCUCACAACCCCAUGGUGAAUGCUGGAGCGAUCGUGAUAACUUCCUUGAUAAAGCAAGGGGUGAGCAAUGCAGAGAAGUUUGACUAUGUGAUGGAUUUUUUAAAUAAAAUGGCUGGUAAUGAGUAUGUUGGCUUCAGUAAUGCAACGUUUCAGUCUGAACGGGAAACUGGAGAUAGGAAUUUUGCUAUAGGCUACUACCUAAAAGAGAAAAAGUGUUUCCCAGAAGGCACAGACAUGACUGGAGUGUUGGAUUUUUACUUCCAGCUGUGCUCCCUUGAAGUGACCUCUGAGUCAGCCAGUGUAAUGGCAGCGACGUUGGCCAAUGGUGGAUUCUGUCCAAUUACUGGAGAACGAGUGCUGAGCCCUGAGGCUGUCAGGAACACGCUAAGUUUGAUGCACUCCUGUGGCAUGUAUGACUUUUCCGGGCAGUUUGCUUUCUACGUGGGACUUCCAGCUAAGUCUGGUGUUGCUGGUGGUAUUCUACUCGUUGUACCCAAUGUGAUGGGUGUCAUGUGCUGGUCUCCUCCACUGGAUAAACUUGGCAACAGUGUCAGGGGUAUUCAGUUCUGCACAGAUCUGGUGUCGUUGUGCAAUUUCCACAAUUACGACAAUCUGAGGCACUUUGCAAAGAAACUUGACCCCCGCAGGGAGGGUGGGGACCAAAGGGUGAAAUCAGUCAUAAAUCUUUUGUUUGCUGCAUAUACUGGUGACGUGUCUGCUCUCCGGAGGUUUGCUUUGUCUUCAAUGGACAUGGAGCAGAGAGACUAUGACUCCCGGACUGCCCUACAUGUUGCAGCAGCGGAAGGCCAUUCAGAGGUUGUCCGUUUUUUGCUGGAAGCCUGUAAAGUAAACCCGAUUCCAAAGGACAGGUGGGGCAACACCCCCAUGGAUGAGGCCAUCCAUUUUGGACACCACGAUGUAGUGACUAUCCUUCAGGACUACCAUAACAAAUACAACCCCCAGGACAAUCCCAACAAUGGAAAGGAAAUCCAAACUGCAGAGAAGAACCUGGAUGGAAUGCUGUAGUCCAUGCCACAUCAUUAUUAACAAAACUGCAUUUGUACUUGUUGAGACCAUGUUGUUGGGUAAUGUGAGUGUAUGAUAGUGCUGUGUUGUGGGAGUGUGUUAAACUGUCACUGCUUUGCUUUUUUGUGUUUGCUGAAAUUGCUCAACUGUCUUUGAAACGAACUUCCUUAAGCAGGGUGUUGAAUGUAAAGCACUACGUCUUAAUGUUUGGUGAUUACGUUGUUAUUUAAGUAGCAUAGUGUUCAAUCAUAUAUAAAAAGUGUAUAUUUAUUGUAUGCAUUAUUUGUUUAGUGUAAAUAGCACUUGGUAGAUACAAUUAUGGUAAAACUUCUCUAAUGUAACCUAACAUUUCACAAAGAAUGAUCAAUUAAAAUGCUGCAGGCAUGGCAUGGCUGGUUAUUCAAUGUUAGGUAAACUGUAGGACCAAUUGUGUUUUAUCAAAGACAAUUUGAUUUUAGAUUAUUUAAUAUUAAUACUGGUGCAGUAUAUGCUGUGUUUACAAUUACUGGCUAGUAAGUCAACUUUACCCUGUCACAAAAAAAGCAGGUUUUAGAAACAUCACAUAAAUGUUAUCAAGAAGUUGAGCAGCAACUCAAAUUUCUAGUUUUUUCAGCUUAAUACAUGAACAAAAGUUGAUUACUAUUACCUGUGUACAGUAAAUGUGGCUCUAGAUAGCAGAUGUUUUCAAAAGUUUUGCAUCACCCUACAGAAAUAACCAGUUUUGCUUCAUAAAGUCAAAUGAAAUCUGCUGAAAAAUGAAUGACAUACUGCUUAGUAGUUUUCCAUAUAGAAAAAGAAAAACUGAUAAAUGAAAAAAAAAUCAGUCUUACAUGAAGUACUGUACUACUAU